GGGACCAUUUUUUUUACUAUUUUUAAGUGUACAUUUUUAAGCGGAGUAUGCAAAAUAAAAUUGGUAAAAAUUAUCCAAACCCUAAAUCAUGGCCGAGCGUCUUCUCAUCCGACAAAUUCUGCGCCGGUGGCAGCCAAACGCCGCCGUGCCGAGUUGCAAAAUAAAAUUAAUAAAGGCAAUUUACGAACAGCAAUGUUGCUAUACCGCCGGCGCCAACGGCGAGAACUAUGAAAAGGAAAAGAAUCAUCAAUGGCUGAUAUUGCCUCCAUUCACCCCCACAGCCGACGGUUCUUCAAUCGGAAAAAAACUGUACGGUCGGACGGACGAAACGAAUACGACGGCGCUUAAAUGGAUUCUUAAGUGCUGUCCUCAUCUACCGAGGUCUCUAGUUCAGAAACUCUUUCGCUUAAGACAGGUGCGAAAGGAAUGCUCCAGUGAUGAAUCUAAAGACCAGAGGCCAAGAAGGGUAGGAGCCAAAGAUUUGAUGGACAUUGGUGAUAGGAUAUGCCUUCCUAAAUCUGUUGAUGAAAAGUCUCAUCCAACUACUGCAGAGAAUCAGAGCUUUUCCAGUGAAGAAGAACGGAAAAUUGUCCAAAGCCUCGAGUUGUAUAAGGACUCGGCUAUAAUUGUCAUCAAUAAACCGCCUGGAAUGCCUGUUCAGGGUGGAGUUGGGAUAAGGAGAAGUUUAGAUGAGUUGGCUGCCAAGUAUUUGAGAUAUGACUACAUGGAGCCUCCUCGUCUGGUGCAUAGACUUGAUAGAGACAGCAGCGGCAUAUUAGUGAUGGGAAGGACACAGUUAAGCACUUCCGUCCUGCAUUCCGUUUUUCGUGAGAAAACCAUUGGAGCUUCAAAUGAUGUUCUUGGCUGUAAAAGAAUUCUUCAGAAGAAGUAUUGGGCUCUAGUUAUUGGAUCUCCAAGACGUCGACAAGGGUCAGUUUCUGUCCCUUUGAUAAAGGUGGUGAUUGACAAUGGAAAAUCUGAGCGAAUUACUGUGGCUGAUAAUAGCAACACAUUGUCAGGGCAGCAUGCUGUAACAGAUUAUCGAGUGAUAGCAUCUUCACCCAGUGGUUAUACAUGGUUAGAGCUGUCGCCACUUACUGGAAGAAAGCACCAGCUUCGAGUCCACUGUGCGGAAGUAUUGGGGACACCGAUAGUUGGAGACUACAAAUAUGGGCGGCAAGCUCAUAAGAAACUAGGGCACUAUCUCGAGUCUGCUUCUGAUCAUCUUAAACUGGCUGAUAAAGAUACUGCAGGCCUCGAAUUGGAAAGUGGAAGUUUAUCAGAUGAACAAUUUUCUCUUCAUCUUCACUGCAAGGAGAUGGUCGUGCCCGACAUUUCAGUUGUCUUGCAACAUGGCAACAUAAGUGACUUGGAUUCUGCACGAAUCGGCAACAUUGUGCUGAGAGCUCCUUUGCCUGCACACAUGCAAACAAGUUGGGACCUGCUAAAUUCUAAACUCCAGUACCUGUAACUUACACAAGAGGAAGUAUGAUGCAUUUAUUAUGGAUUAUCAUUGUAUACGUAAUCAAAGCCUCUCAUUCACAUUCAA